CUUCGUCGCGGCGUCGCAUGAUUCGCACGUCGCCUCCGCCGCACCGCAAUUGGCUCCGGAAUGCGCACGUUCCGGCCCUAAUCGCUUUCACGGCAGCGCCUGGCUUUCCGGCACAGGAAUCCUCAGCCCGGUCCACGAGAAGCGCAACGAAGGCACCAGCUCUGCCCACGAAUCCGGAGAUGGCAGAGGAAGAUCCAGUACUGCAGCCAAGGAAUGAUUUCUGGAUGGUCGAGCCCUUUCAUUCGAUUUCAGCUUCGCCUGUGAGGAAGGUUCUGUCACGAAACUGUCCACUCUGCUGCGAUUGGCGGCUUGGCAUCUGGCAUACAGCAAAAGAAUGAAUUGUCGAUAAUCUGGGCUUUUUCUAUGGAGGCACGCAAGGAGAGAUUGGAUCGGAAUUCCAUGAUUUCAAGUGUUCGAGAUCUGUACUCAGUUUCUCCGUUUGGCUGGUGUUACGGGUUCAAUUAACAAGAGCAUCUAACCUGCUUCGAUACAGCCGGAAUUUGAACGAUUUUCUUUGCACAGAGGUUUCGAUGUCUGGUGGGUGCCCUGCGUGCGCAUCGUGUCUUUGGUAUAGAGUCGGAGACUUCACGCUCUGGCUGGAUCCGUCACAUGACUUUUGUGCGUAGGCGACAGCAGAGCUUGGAAGGAUUAUUACAGUGUAAGAUGAUGCGAAUGAGCAUCACGAAGACGUUUCUCGAAUGAUUCAUUGCCUAUCCAGAAGAUGCUCGGAUUUUUUACCGGAAGAGUAAUGAUUAAUUGAGCAGACUGAGCUGCAAGAGCCUAGGGCCAGCCGCAGAUCCGUAAAUAAAUUUUGUGCCACAGAGAGCAAAAGCAACUGCAACGACAGAUGACAUUCGAUUGAUGCAUGUCGUGGUCUUCUUCAGUAAAACCUUCUCACUCAUUUCUCUGCAGGUGUGCUUCCCAAACACCAAUUCCGGGGACUCUUACACGGAUCUCGAAGAAACAAUAGCAACUGGUUAUGAUGACUCGAAGUACUCUCCACAGGAUCAACUUUGGUCACCAGUGUAUGAAAAGUUUGUACAAGAGCAUUCGUGAGGAGCCACAAAUGCGGUGGAAAUUUCACAAGUUGCUUCAGUCCGCUGAAUUACAGCUGACUACUGACGCAAUAAAAAAUCACUGUUCUUUACUGAAUUUUUUGGCGAACAAUUUUAUUAGUGCCAGCCAUUUUCUAUUACAGCUCACGGAAAGUGUCGUAGACACAGUUCUGUUACGUGUUCCAGCAAAGUACGUCUGCGAUUCAUAAGCUCUAACUUGCAUUGAAAGCACUUGCAUUCGAGCCGUCGCUAGCACCGAACAAAAAUGAAUCGUUGCGAAGAAAAUCGAUACUCUUGAAGGGACUUCUCACCUAUCACAGACAUCCUCACGCCAUUUCCGUCGAAAACCUCCCUCUUUCGUUCCUUGCCUUCUCCGUCCAUGUAAAUUAUGACUGACCUUGUCACGGCGUUGCUGUCACCAUUCUUUUUUUCCAUGUCUUUUUCACAGUCUGUGCUCCGAGCCCAAUGUUAUUGUCUAGCACCUCAUAGAUGGGGAAUGCACUUCGAAUUGGGGUCAGCGCAGGCAUCGCUGCCUGGGUUCGAGGAAGAUGCAGGUAAAUAUUUAUACCUCUCG